UCUAUCUCGAUCGAGUGGACUAGUUUUUUAUCGCGUGCGUGGCGCGUGGUGGGGGUAGCAGCUGCGCAGGAACGCACGAAGGCACCGCGCUAGCACGUAGGUCAAGUUACGAUACUCUGCGCGCAUUCAGUUCGCGGGGAGCGCUCGUACAGUGCGCGUUGUUGUCCCGUGUUCCUCUAGAUGGUUGAUCACGUGGGAAACAUUGCGCCGAGUUUUCGCGAUUCCGUGGCGGAGAAGGGCCGAGGGAAAGGGAAUAAAUGUGCGCGAGUCCGUAAUGGACAACCCUAGCGGCGGAAGAGAUAGUCGGUACGCAAGUCUUGGCUACAGCAUGGGGAUGAUAGGCAGCGACGCUGGCUCGGAAAUGUACGGCCGACCGUCCACCUCCCAACUUACAACUUCUCAAAUAAGCCGCGGUGGCGCCACCAUGAUGGCAGCGGCGGCCGCUGCAGGCGCACCGAAUGCCGGCGUGGGAUCUGUACAGAGGGGUAUCAAGAGGACCACUUCGGACGUCUGUUACGAUGACAGUAACGCACGGCAGGCACUUUCGCAACAGCAGGCCAUGUCAAUGUCCACAGACUGUGUCCCCGAUAAUCUCGAGGAGUCAUUUACGAGUUUGGGCCAGCCGAAAAAGUCACCCCCCUCGAACGGUAAGAAGACCAAAGGACGGGUCAAGAUUAAAAUGGAGUACAUCGACAAUAAACUACGGAGGUAUACUACCUUCUCGAAGAGGAAAACCGGAAUCAUGAAGAAGGCGUACGAGCUGUCGACACUGACAGGUACACAGGUGAUGUUGCUGGUAGCCAGCGAGACCGGGCAUGUGUACACGUUCGCGACACGAAAGCUGCAGCCGAUGAUAACGAGCGAGGCCGGGAAGGCGUUGAUCCAGACCUGUCUGAACAGCCCGGACCCUCCCGCCUCCGGUUCCUCCGGCGACCAGAGGAUGUCCGCGACCGGGUUCGAGGAGACCGAACUGACCUACAACAUAGCCGACGACGAGCAGAAAGAAGACGGCACUUCACCUAGAUCGGACGUUUGCGCGAACGAAAGCGACGGAGACACCAGCGAUGGCGAUUCUCCUGUGUCAAAGGAUCUCUCAAAGAAUCACUCAGGUAUAAUGUACCAGAUGCCACAGACAGUAAUUUACUCGCCGACUCCGGGGGUUCUGCUCGGUAUCGGACAAAACGGCCAGCCAGUGCAAAUCUCUCAAGAAGGAGGCACGGUAGCCCCGGUUAACUCGACGCAGAGUAAUCAGCCGUUCAUCACGAUACCGCUGAACGUCGCGAUGAGUGCCGCCGGCUUGUCGCUUCCGGUUACAUCGAGGAUGAAUCUGUCGCCGUCGCCGCGAUCACCAACGACAUCGGCCACGUCCAGCUGCGAGCUACCAUCGGACCUGAGCAAAGAUCGUGAGUGAUAUAUCGCGGAUCGAGCCUCGAUUAAGAAAAAACCCUCCCCGAAGCUUGUCGCUCGACGAUGCAACAAAAGGCUUGACCCGACGAGAUUGGACGGGCCAUCUUUUUUCCAACGAUCGUUUCGGUUCACCAAAGAAGGUCGGAGCGAACCGUGACGCAUACAGAAACUCGGAAAUCUCGCGCGGAACAUUUUCUCUUCAGCGACGCGACGGGAUGACCUGUUUCGAUCGUACGUCCGUGCCAAAUUGAUCCGACGAUCGAAAUGGACGCGUUCUCUGCAAUGCUAUCGAUACAUACGGAUAGAAUUUGCUGCUUAUCGCGUACGAUCGACUGAUUUGUAUUUUGCAAGACGGUGGAUUUUGUCGAGAUCUCCUUUGCGCUCGCGAUCUAGCUGGUCGCGACGGUAACGCGUUGCAACGCGCAGGUGCUUGUCAUUGGUCGAGGAUAUUCGUUUGAUGAAAUUUGACGAAAUUAUCGGUACUGUGUUGUAUUUUAUAGAGGAUUGUAUAAAACCAGAGAACGAAUCAAAUUGCAGCGACGAAUACGUGGAGAGUAAGGGUGGCAAAUUUGGAUGGAUCUUUGCGUGCGAUAUUAUGCGCGUAAAUUAACAUUGACCGAUGAUUGGUUGUGCUAUGAAAUUAUCAAUGCGCAUUGGUAUAGUUUUUAUUGAUACUGGACUUUGUUAGCCGACGUUUAAUCGAUAUUCGUGCAAUACUAGUCGAUGGUUUUACCCAAUAACCGUUCCACGAAUUAAUUGUUUAUCCUGUCUUCGUAGAAUUCACUGCCUUUCGAUUUAUUAUUUAACGUUUCGUAAAUUACUUGUUAGAGAGGAAAGGAAUUCGAUAUUUUUUCAACGUUAAACGUUAUAUAGGGAUAUUUGGAGAUUCGUGGGAUUGGUGAGUCGAAUGAGACGCAUUCGAGUACAGUAAUUCGAUAAUAAUAGAAAAAUGAGCAAGUAAUAAUAAAAUAUCGAAAUUUUAGCGAUACAUUUUAUGUAUCACGUGUCUUAUAUACUAUGAUUGUAUAUAUAUCAACAAUUUGAAGCUUGUAAUUUUUAACGUUCUCUUCUUUUGCAACGUAAAUCAUCACGAAACGAUUACAGAACUUACAGGUUUAUAGCUCGAAGCGGUACACCACCAUUCGACUGCGGCGAUUUGUUCGCAAUUCUCAUGCUAGGAAACGCAAGUUCAUAUGGUUGUUCGCGAAUUAUUUGAAAGAAAAGGGAGAUAACUAAAGAGAGAUAUCGAAGAUCGAUGAAUCGUGUGGCGAUGAUGACUUCUCAAUCAUACAGGGUGCUUCUAAAAAUAAUCUAUAAGCUAGCGUUAUCGUUUUUUUGAGCUAUAGAGAAGAAAAUAUUCGAUAUAUUUUCUAACACGGAAGUGCGAUUAACCAAAGACCUUUUUGGUUUAUUCGAAUUGUAUUAUUUAUUAGCUUACCCGGAUAAUGAUUCCUCGAGAAACAACGACGUGUUCGCGGUGUUACUGAAACAUAGAAAUUACACAAAUUCCUCGUGAAUCAGUCACAGAAUGUAAAAGGCGAUAAUAGUGUCUCGAGAUCGAUGAUCGGCUAAUCGGGUUAAUUAACCGAACCGUUCAAUUGGUCAGUGAUAAUGUCGGCAAUCGUAACCGUUCGUUUAUACGAUUAUAAUGUUUAAUUAUUAACCGUAAAAUAGUGAUAAGCGCGCAUCACUAUCAGCCAAAUUGUUUCAACAGUAUUUUUACUCACACAGUAAUCUCUAUUUUACACGAUAUGGAAAUAAAUGAUCAGCUUGUGAUAGAUAACACGCGAAAAGCUUGUAUUUUUUUACAAUGCACCUAUGAUUUUUACACGGAUAGUACUAUCGACACGCGCGAGGAACAUUGUCAAACCUACCAAAUGAAUUACUUUCUUUUUUUUCCUUUGCUUUAUUAAACAAUUUUAAAGAUUUAUUCUGGAAUUCUGGAAUGGUACCUGCUUAUUGAAAAAAAAAAAAAAAAAAAAAAAAUUAGGAAGAGCGUAGUUUAGAAAAGAAGCAAAAUGAUGAUGUACUUUUUUUUAAAAAUUAUCGAAUUUUUUAUGUAUUUUAUAUAUUUAUGUGUAAUCGAUAUUAUUUGAUAGUGCCUUCUUAGAGAAUUAAAAGAUGUUGGGAAAUAUUACACUUAUAAGUACUAUGUGCUCCUUAGAAUGAAUUUUUUAAACUUAAUGCAAAUGUAUUAGGAAUUUUAUUAACUUUUCUCAUUAGGUAAUGCUAGUCAAAAGAUCGUAUUAUACCUAGUCAUUGAAACGUGCAAUGAAACAUAAACAAGCAUUUAAUUUUUCUAUCGUAACAUUGCUCGAAGCAGCUGCAGAAUGUAAUAAAAUUGCUUAAUGAAAAUUAAGAAACUAAAAUCUGAUAAAAAUUUUAAUGAAACUCUAAAUCGAAGGAACCAAUCGCGGAACUUUUAACAAUCUUGUUUCGAUAGAAAUUUCUAUCAUAAAAAAUGAAAUAUUCUAUCACCUUUGUACAUUGUAUAAAAUUAUCGUAACAUCGUUUUGAGCAGUGAAUACGUUGUAUGGAUUGCCAUAAGAAUAACAGAUUUAUAAUAUGAACGAUAGUACGAUCCGUGGGAUAAUGUGGAAGAUUCUUAUGCCAAAAUCCAUACACUCUCGUCCAAAAAGGAAUACCGUUGUAUCAUGCAUUUAUCAUAAGUAUCUUGAAAACAUCAAAUUUCACUUUAUAUCUUCCCAAAUUUUCGACACUGGCCUGUUCAAACGAAUUACAUGACAGAAUUCAGGCAUUUCUUUUAUUAUUUCAUCUUGUUAUUGAUUAAAAUAAUCUUACGUAAAAUAGUGGAAGUUCGAUUUCAUUUCAUUUUAUAUCAUUCUUGAUCAUAAAUACAUUUCAUAUACAGUAGUAGGUAACUCGUUUUUAAAAAUGUUUCGCUAAACUUCGUUCUUAAAUACUUUGGUUUUGUUGUAAAUAAAUAAACGCGAAACUUGUAUAGUAAAAGUUCACGAAACAAAUACCCGCCGUUUUACCAAUACCAAACUGAUCUUUUGUCACCCUGCGAAUCGAAGACAGCAACCAAAAGUUCUAUUUUAACUUCGUUGGACAGUUUCUGAUAUUGAAAAACGACUGCUGUUAUUCCAAGAGAAUGAUAGAAAUUACUUACAACCUUCGUGCUUCCACGUGCAAUAAUUACAUCGAUAACUGCCGUAAACAAUUUUCUCCUAUAAUAAGAAAUAUCCAAAAAGAUAAGGUACACAGCUCUCUGAAAAUGAAACCUACAUACACAUGAUGCACAUCAACCUAUUCAAACGCGGAUGGAAUUCACCUUAAUCUCGCUUUAUGUAAAUUAGAAUCGAAAUGAAACAGCGAAAACAAGAAAAUUCGAAUAAUAAUUUCUGCACUCUGUUAUCGCACAAAUGCACACAUACUUUUUAAUGCCGCACCAUGCAAUAUUACAAGAUAAUUAUAGUUCGUAAAACGCAUUCUACUCGAGAGUGAUUUUAUGAUCACAUAUGAAAAUAAUAUUUACAACAACUAAGGUAUUUAUAAAUCGUUCACGAGGCAAAUAUGGUAAAAUAAUAAUGGGACGAAACAAUUCGAGCGUCAUAACUUGUGUGUACACGUGUAAUUAUGACGGAACUUCAUCGAAGUGCUAAAGGAAGAUGGAAUAAUGUUCGAAUGAAGGAACACGAGAAAUGCGUCUGUGAACUAUUUAUUUUACUUUCGAAAAUUUUACUUCGUUUUUCUGCGUUAUUGUUAUCUACGCUUAACGAGUGUUCUUUACUUUCUUCGUCGUUUGUAUUUCUUUACAUUCGAUGCAGUGAAAUUAGAAAAUUUUACGAUAGCAUAAGAAUCAUUGGUUUUCAUGAAACUUUAUGUUUCGAGUGUAAAGACGAGCGAUUAAUUUCUAUAAAAUGAAGAGUAACACGCGAAUGAUGUCUUAUGAACCUCAUAAAGUGCAGUACCUCGAAAAAUUCGAUGGCCAUGGCUCGAGCUUAAUGUUUGUAUAAUAAUAGAGAAAUUCGUAUGUUCAGCAUGUCCGUUGGGAAUCCAAAUUCUCGACCAUCGUCGACGAAUGACAAAUUUAAAUGCGUUCUAUUUUAUAUACAAUUUAUAUAUACAUAUCUAUGUAAUAUACGCUGCGAGGGUUGUUUAAAUUUUUCUGGGAUUUUAUAAUUUUCUUAUGAAUAAAGACAUUUGAAGAAUAUUACAGGUAUUUUAUAUAAUUUUAUCAAGACAAAUAUCAGUAAAAAAUUUUGAGUUUCUCAAGUAUUUAUGCCAGAGAUUAUUCAAUAUUUAAAGUAAAUUACAACUUAUUCCAGUUUUUCCAAUCCUUAUAUCUCUGUCAAUAAUUUAAAGAUAUUUUGCCUAUUCUCUAUUCACCGUAACAUAAUCGUGAAUUCGUGAUAAAUAAACGUUAAACUUAAAGAUUUCUUAUAUAACAAAAGUCACACUUGUACACUUAUCAUAAUAAUUUUACUAGUGGAUAGAAGAAUGUUGAGAAAAUAUUAUAUAGUAAACUUUAAUAUUUCCAUGUAUGUGUAUGAUUUACAUAAAAUGGUAAUAUUACAAAGAUCAUUCAUCAAUGACUCAACCAAUCUGUUAUACAUGAAAGAAGAGAAAAAACUCCUGAAAUGUCAGAAAAAUAUAUCUAUGGUAAAAAAUCGAACCAAAUCAUCGAUUAUGUAACAAAUAAUUAUAUUCAUAACAAUGGAAAUCAUGCUGUAGAUAAAAUUCCAACAACCCUCGGCUAUACAUGAAUUGCAAUGUUUUUUUAUUACUUCUCUACUGUAAUAUAUAUUACAGCAUGAAGAAUGUUUGUAACGAAUGAACAUAUGUAGACAUAUCGUUGUUUUUUUACACUAACUUUACGUAAUGUACCGAUCAUAUAACAUUGUUAGAAUUGUUGUGACGAAUACGUCGGAUAUGAAGAAAUGAAAUAUAAUUAUUCGAAUUACAA